UACAAUUUUUUCUUAGCUAAUGUUUCAUUCGAUGCUCUCUCAUACAGUGGUGGAAAUUGAGGACUCCGAUGAUGAUGCAAAACCUACGAAUAAGAAAUGGAACCUAAAAAAGUACCAAGUAGUAAGCAGCGACUCAGAGACCGAUGAUCAGGAGAUUUUGGAGGUCAAGAGUGGAGAUGAAGAUGAAGAUAUUGUUCCUAUUUCCCAAUUAUUCAAGAAGUCCGAAACACAAUUAGCCAAGGAAAGCAAGGAGGGCAAUGGUUGCAGUGAUUCUGGCACAUUUGAAAAAUUGAAUCAGGAUAGCCAUGUUCAGGUCAGCAAAUCAGAAAAGAUAUCUGAACCACCUAAAGAUUCCUUGACCACAGCUACUGAUAUUGAGCAAGAAAGCAAUGUUAAGGCGAAGAAGAAAAAGAAAAGGAGUCGUGGUGAAGAUGGGGAUGCAAAGACUGAACAGAUGGAUCUUGAUCAUGUUGAACUGAAGCCUACGGAGGGGCAACCUGGUCCUAGUGCCAUUCCAUCCAAAGAUUUAUCCGUGCCAUAUAAUGGCGUCGCGCUUGGAAGCGAUGUUAAGCCCAAGAAGAGAAAUAGAAGGAAUCGCGGUGAAGAUGGAGGAGCAAGGGCUAAAAACACGGAUCAGGAUUGUGUUGGAGCCAAACCUGAGGAGGAGCAACCUAAUGAUAGGCUAGAGAGUGAUGGUACACCUAAGAAAAAACAUGGAAGGAAUCAUGGUGAAGAUGUACUUGCGAAGACUAAAGGCAUGAAUCAGGAUCUUGCUGGAGUGGAACCUGAAAAGGAUCAACUUACUGGCAAGAUUAUCAAUUCUGCUGGACACGUCAGUAAUCAAGAUAAUGGCGAGGUGAAGAGAAAAAAGAAGAAGAAGAAAGCCCAGAAGAGUGCUGAGAAUGUAAAUUAUGAACAAGAUAAGAACUGAUGAGAAAGAGAACACAAGCAAUGGUAUUUUGGCAGAUGGUUUAGAAACCGAUGGUAAUUAGUAGACACAUGUAUCAAUAGGUGCUUUUGCUGUAAAGGUCCUCCUACAGUAGUUCUUUUUGAGAUAUACCCACUGAAGAUUGGUGAAAGA